GUUUAUUUGAAAAGUAAAUUUCAUACACAAUUUUUCACAUUCUUAUGCUCGAAAAAUUCAAGUUUAUUUUAUAACUUGCACUAUAUAUUCGUCGACGUUUCAUAUAAAUUUUAAGGUGCUAUUAAAAAAUCUAUACAGUGUAUUUAUUGAAAUAUCAUGUCGAGAAUCAAGAGGGAUUUUACUAGCCAUGACGUGGAUACUGUUAUACACGAGCUCACAAAUCUUGUCGGAUCUGAUUGUAACCUCGAAGAGUCACUAAUAGCGGCUCUCGUCUACAAAGCUCGCGAGGUAAUCAUGAGCCAGCCGAUGCUCCUGGAACUAAAUGCCCCUCUGAAGAUAUGCGGGGACAUCCAUGGCCAAUUCAAGGAUCUGUUGAGAAUUUUCAACGCAUCUGGCUUCCCGCCGGAAUCAAACUAUCUGUUUUUAGGGGACUACGUGGAUCGAGGAAAGCAGUCCCUGGAGACGAUCUGCCUGUUAUUGGCUUACAAGAUAAAAUAUCCCGAGAACUUUUUCCUCCUGCGGGGAAAUCACGAGUGUGCUAGUAUAAACCGGAUCUAUGGAUUUUUCGACGAGGUGAAAAGGAAGCACACGAUCCACUUGUGGCAGACCUUCACGGACUGCUUUGAUUGUCUGCCUGUUGCAGCAGUUGUGGGCGAUCGAAUAUUUUGCUGUCACGGGGGACUCAGUCCCAGGCUACGCAGCUUGGAUCAGAUCCUCGCCAUUCGGAGACCCACAAAUAUCCCGAACCAGGGCCUCCUCUGUGAUCUGCUUUGGGCGGAUCUUAACCGCAAGGAUGACGGCUGGGGUCACAAUGAGCGCGGUGUGAGCUUUACUUUCAGCAAGCAGAUUGUCCAGAACUUCCUCGACGCCAAUCGUCUAGACGUAAUGGUCCGUGCCCACGAGGUUGUGGAGGAUGGCUACGAGUUCUUCGCCGACCGUCGCCUGGUGACCUUAUUUUCCGCCCCCAACUACUGCGGGGUAAUGAAUAACGCCGGUGGAGUGAUGAGCAUCAGCGAGGAUCUAGUGUGUAGCUUUAUUAUAAUCGAGCCGCAAUUAAGAUGUUUCGGAAAAGCUUCCACCAAUGAGGAUUCAUUUGUAGAGACUGUGUCUACCUGAAAUUUUCUAUUUUCAUAAAUCAAUCUUUAAUUCUUUGA